AAUUAUAUUGCAAUGUCGAAGGUGACAGGUGAUCAGGAUUUUCAAAACAAUAUUAUUAUGAAAAACCGCAAUACGGAUGCGAAAAUAUUUGGAAAUUGGUGAUUAUUUAUUUUAUUUUAAUCUCUAAAUAAUAUUUUUAAAAUGGACACAAAAGAUUCAAGCACUAUUGAAGAAAAUUUUGAAGAAGCAGAAGAUGUUGAUCCCAUCAACGACAUAAUUGAUUAUCUAGUAAGAUGUGCUAAAAUAUCCUUUAAGAAUGCACACGUAGAUGAAUUGGAGGUUCGAACUAGUGAAAAGAUUAAAAUGGCAUGUGAUAUUUAUAAGAAAUCACCCACCGAUUUUCUAUUACAAUUCGGAAAAUAUCUGGCUCCUCAUCACAUUGGUUACUUCGAGAAUAUGCAAUCUACUGCUGAUGAGAGCUUUCGUGAGUGUAUCAAACAAUUGAAAACUUACCAUUCCGACAAAAGCCGAUACAAAAGAGUCCGAAACAGGCGAUAUAAUGCAUUACAAAAGCUUCAGAAUGAAACAGAUUAUUUUUGUGAAAAACAAAUGAUGUACAGAAAUCCAUUACUUUAUGAGCAGCUUGUCGGCCAGUACCUAUCUGAUGAGGAAAUUAAAGAACGCGAUAAUGUUGAUAAUGAAAACCUUACCUUUCUAAGCAUGAUUUUGGAAACAGUUGACCGAAAUGAGAUGAGAGAAAUGAAGAAUGAACAGAUGCUAGAGGAAGACCUAGAGUCUAUGAAGCUGACUAACAUAGAUGAAGAGUCCAAAAGCAGUAAUAGCAACAACAUGAAAAAGAAGCAAUGGGGUGAUUUUGAUACUCCAGAUACAAGACCAAGUUACAUGCCAGAACCUAGGAAGCAAAAUCUGAUUACUGCCCCAGAAAGGAAUUUGUUGAGGAAGGAAUUCUUGCAAGAAAUGUUCUGCAGUUUCCUAGAGGGAAGAGAUGCAGAAGUUGAUUACAAUAGUAUUGACAAUAAUGAACAGUAUGAUGAUCUGGAGCAAGUGUCACAGGACGCUGAAGACAGAUACUUUGACUCAGAAUCAAAUGACAUUGAAAAUCUUGAGGAGCAUAUGAAACUUGUACAAGAGUAUGGAAGAAAGAACUCAGGGAAUCUUUGUGAUGAUCCAUUGGAUGUAUUCAUGAAACAUAUCACCAAUAAAAAUAAUAACAGCUAUAUUUUUGUUUUACUUUACAUGGAUCUUCUUAGUAGAUAUAGUUUUAUUAGAUACAAAUAG